AUGAGCAGAGCUCCUCUGGUGUCCACCCAUCUUCCCGGAGAAGACCUCAUCAUCUAUCUCUCGGUCUUAGCAUCGGCCCUGAGUUCCGUGCUCAUCCGUCGACCGAACUGCAUUGAGCUCCCCAUCUUUUGUAUGAGCCAUGCAUUGCAGGACGCAAAGCAACGGUACCCCCAACUUGAACAGUUGGCCUACGCUCUCGUCCUCUCUGCGCGCAGACUACGGCCCUACUUUCAGGCUCACAACAUCGAUGUAUUGACCAAUCAACCCCUGCGGCAGGUCUUGCAGAAGCCAGAGACAUCAGGACGACUGAUCAAAUGGGCCAUCGAGCUUGGCGAGUUCGACAUCAGGUAUCACCCUCGGCCUUUGGAAAAAGGACAUGCCGUGGCUGAUUUCAUCUUAGAAUUCACACUUCCAACCAACGACGGACGACCAAUCGACCCUGUCACGGCACCACCUUCAGCAUUUGCAGAUCCGCCUUCAGCUGACAAUACAUUUGAUCAAAAAAGCCCUCACUGGACAUUAUACGUGGACGGCUCAUCCAAUCGACAGGGCAGAGGAGCAAGCCUAGUCCUCAAGACACCGGACGACACCACGAUCGAAUGUGCUAUAUGUUUCCAAUUUCGUGCUUCCAACAACGAGGCCGAAUAUGAGGCGCUUCUAGCAGGCCUUCGGCUUGCCCAAAACGAGGGUGCCGAAUGGCUGAUGAUAUACAGCGACUCCCAACUCGUCAUCAACCAGGUAAUCAUCGAAUUUGCAGCAAAGGACGAAUCAAUGGCUGCCUAUCUUGCACAGACCCGCCGAUUGCUCAAACGGUUCAAAACCUACUACAUCUGCCAAGUCCCCAGAUCUGAGAACAGCCACGCCGAUGCUCUCUCUAGACUCGCUUCGGCAAUUGACGACUGUGCCGGACGCCACGUCCCCAUAGAAGUUCUCACUCGGCGGAGCACGACUGAAGCCGAUGUCAACACCAUUCGUCGGGAUCCUAUUGGAUGGACCCGAUCCAUGCCCACCUCACCGACGGCAUCCUACCAACUGACAAAGCCGAAGCCAAGGCAGUACGACGACGAUCGGUGCAGCCACUCCCUGCCAUUGCUGAGAUGUGUUACACCACAACAAGGAGACUACAUCUUGCAUGAGAUACACGAAGGCGCGUGUGGUGACCACUCGGGAUCCUGA